AUGGAAGGCUUCAGCAACCCAGAGGAUAUGGGUCCUGGCUUCUGCAUUGGACAACAUGAGAGCAAACGCACAGUGCCGAUUACGACCCAGGUCGUGCAGGCAGCUCAUGAAAGCAAUUAUGAUAUGCUUACCGCCCCUAUAACCACAUCUCAUUUCCAUUCCCGGGUCCUUAGUCUGCUCUCUUCACACUUGUCCAAUAUACAGGCAGCUUCUCCUGAUGUUCAUGGAACUAUGGCCACAACGCAAAAUACCCGACCCCUGGUCAUUCCGCCGUUGGCACCUUCGGAUACCCAUUUGACUCCUAACGAAGCAAUGACCCAGGUUGUGGGCGUGACAAGCUCAUGGAUCGAUCUCUGUUCUCCGGAUCCAUUGAUUGCAGAUAUAUCCCGCCAGGUCCUCAUGUUAGAGGUCGCUUAUGCAGCCUUUUGUGGUAUCGGAUACCUUCUGAUCCCGGGCCCUAAACUUCACCACAAGGGAAUGCACUCAGAAGGCGUAGUUUAUUACGCAAGAGCGAUACAGGAUGCCAUCAGUGUUGGCCCUUAUAUCCAAUUCAAUAUCUGGCUGGGAGCAGUUGAUAGCCCGGAUCUCGAGGUCGACGAGAUGGGCGACCUAGCUCCCCUUGCCCGGGAAGAAUUCCUUGUAAACUUGGAAGAAGGACAAUUGCCGAAAGAGGACCCAUAUGGAACUUGGGAGGCUUGGGACACUAUCAGGAGAACCUGUAAAUAUCACUCAAGGCUUUUCGUAGCGCUCUCAUUACAGAAGCACCUCCCUUCAAUGUCUGUCCAAUCUCGAUGGCACUCAGAGCCGGUUCGCCUGCUUGCAUUCAAUGCCGACUCUUUCAUCAAAAACCAAAAGGGUUACCCCGUUUUAUCCAAAGCCCAUCAAUCUUUGAUCGCUCGUUUUAUGCGUCUUAGAAGCCCACCAUGGAUUCUUCUGUGCGAUGUUGGCACUCUUCCCGGUGUGGACGCUGACAAUUCUCAUGCCACCAACCUCGAGGGCGCUGAAUACCCGAGUCUCGCACAAGCAGCAGUUUCCAACAAGAAACAUUAUGACCCCACACCCCAUCUUUCAUACAUUAGAAAUCUCCAGCAGCGGCAGCCAGCUCGAACUGCUAUCGAGAGGUUCGGCGUAGGCUAUCAGGACUAUCUGCAGGCACCGCUGCAGCCACUGACAGUCAACUUGGAAAGUAUCACAUAUGAGGUCUUUGAGAAAGACCCCAUUAAGUAUGAAUGGUAUGAGCGCGCUAUUGCAAAAGCCUUGAAGGACUGGGCAGAGCAGAAAAAGCCCACCUCGAACCCAGAUGGCCGAGUUGUUGUCGCUGUGGUAGGCGCCGGUAGAGGACCGCUAGUUACCCGAGCACUUAAAGCGAGCGCUGAAACAGGCGUUGAGAUUGACAUGUGGGCUGUGGAAAAGAACCCUAAUGCCUUCGUUCUCCUCCAACGCCACAAUGCUACUAUUUGGGGAGGAAAAGUCACCCUUGUUCAGUCGGACAUGAGAAGUUGGAAAGGACCUCGAGUUGAGAAGAAGCUCUCGAGCCCACAAACCUCAGCACCGGUGGGCCAGUCUCUCGGGAUAGAUGAUGCAAUGCUUCACGAUGCGGAGACCGACCCCAAUAACAAAACACAAGCUUCCGAUGCGGCAUCCCGUAGCCCCGCUCCCGAGCUUAUGCCUACUACAGUUGAUAUCGUGGUUUCCGAGCUACUUGGUUCGUUCGGCGACAAUGAGCUUUCCCCUGAAUGUCUAGACGGCAUCACUCAUCUAAUCAAUCCGGUUCAUGGCAUAUCUAUUCCUGAAUCAUAUACGGCCCACUUCACGCCUAUUUCAGCUCCGAAGCUUCAUGCUGAUGUUAUGCAUCAAACAAUUUCCAACCCUGCAGCUCCAGAAACUCCGUACGUGGUGAUGCUGCACGCUGUCGACUUUCUCUCUACGAGCCAGCCUACCAUGCCGGGUAAUACCACUGGCGGCAGCAGCUACCACAGCAACGUGCGGUCCUCCAUAUCGACACUACCUGGAAGCGAAACUCCGGCUCCAUUUGUACAGACUGCAUGGUCCUUCUCCCACCCUAAUAGGCAUAUCCCUUCACAGUCUCCUUCCACAUCGACAAUUUCCAAUGCACACAAUGUGCGCCGGACGCGCUUGGCUUUUCCUACGCAGAACCGUGGAGUAUGCCACGGUUUAGCUGGUUACUUUGAGACCGUCUUGUACCGGGAUGUUGAACUUUCGACCAAUCCCGUUACCAUGGACAGCAAGAGUGCCAAUAUGAUCAGCUGGUUUCCAAUCUACUUCCCCCUCAAGACUCCUCUUAAUGUUCCCGAUAAUGGUGAGGUGGUCGUAACGAUGUAUAGGCAAACGGAUGACCGGAAAGUCUGGUACGAGUGGAUGGUCGAAGUCUUCGCCCUUGAGGGCCACAUGGAACCCCCGGCUCCAGAGUUCAUCGCUCCUGUUAUGAGCGGUGCCCGAGGCGGUUCUCCUAGCGCCGACAGUAAGCCGCAACAGCGGAAAAGCAGCGGCCGUAGUGGGAUGCGCCGUGUGAAGGUGGGGAUGAGUGAACUGCACUCGAGCAUCAAGGAGGGAUGCCUGAUGUGA